GCAGACGAGAGUAGUCUCCGGCUCCAAUCACCUGCGCUGCUGCUGUCGUGCCAGGUCGCCGGCCAUCCAAACCAGCCGCCGCUCCUUGGCUGGGAUAGGUCGGCGCGCGCGAGGGAUUACGCCGACGAUCCACCCGCCGCCGCAGGCUCACCGGUGGCCGCCGCAGCUUGUAGGCUCGCUCAUUCCGUACGUCACUAUUGGUUCCCGGCGAGGCUAAGCGCGAGCGCAACCAGAACCAGAACCGUACCAGCUGGUUUAUUGGAGAUGUAUCCAGCUAAGCCCUGCGCGCCGGCCGGGAUGGCGGCGGCGCCAGUGGUCGGCUUCCCCGUCGCCGGAGCUCUCAGGCAGCAAUGGUCGUCGGGCCUCUUCGACUGCUUGGACGACUGCCACAUCUGCUGCCUGACGUACUGGUGCCCGUGCAUCACGUUCGGGCGGAUCGCGGAGAUGGUGGACCGCGGCGCGACGUCGUGCGGGACGAGCGGGGCACUGUACGCGGUCAUCGCCUGCCUCACGGCGUCGCAGUGCACCUGGGUCUACUCCUGCACCUACCGCGCCAUGAUGCGCGCGCAGUUCGGCCUCCCCGAGGCGCCAUGCGCCGACUGCCUCGUCCACCUCUGCUGCGAGCCCUGCGCGCUCUGCCAGCAGUACAGGGAGCUCACGGCGCGCGGCCUCGACCCCGUCCAUGGCUGGGACUUCAACGCCGCCAUGUACCCGCCGCCCACGCAGGGGAUGCGACGACGCUGAUCGCUCCGUCCAUCGAUGGAUAUGAUGAGGUCCAGUUCAUUGGUUUGUUGAUGACAGAUCGAGACAGAGUACAAGGUAUAUAUAUUCGAUCAGUUGUUUAGCGUCGUCGGAGAUAGAUGCUACUGUUGAUCGUCUGACAACAGUGCAGCACCGCCAUUGUCGCCGGGUCUCCUUAUUAUUAGCACAUCUCGUUUCUGUAAAUCAGAAGCUAACCAAAUGUAAUCGGUAACUUGGUCUGAAUAUAAAUAUAUACAAGAGGCUAGGCUAGCCUUGUGUUAUUGCCCACCGCAAUCCUUGUAUUUUUCCUCAUCAAGUUCUGACGUUCUGUGCUGUAAUACAAGGAAAAGAGUAUCAAUAUCUAUCUUACGAAAA